UUUCGGUUCUCGGAGGAGCCGGGCCUGGGAGCGGAGGGGGCCAUGCUGGAGGUCCGCGUCCCGCAGGUCCUGCAUCUUCAGUACGGAAUGUACGUCUGGCCCUGUGCUGUAGUCCUGGCCCAGUACCUGUGGUUUCACAGAAGAUCUCUACCAGGCAAGGCUAUCUUAGAGAUUGGAGCUGGAGUGAGCCUUCCAGGAAUUAUAGCUGCAAAAUGUGGUGCUGAGGUGACACUGUCCGACAGCGCAGAGCUGCCUCACUGCCUGGAAGUCUGUCGGCAGAGCUGCCAAAUGAACCACCUGCCGCAGGUGCGUGUUGUGGGACUGACAUGGGGUCACCUCUCUCUGGACCUUCUGGCUCUACCACCCCAAGAUAUUAUUCUUGCAGCUGAUGUGUUCUUUGAACCAGAAGACUUUGAGGACAUUUUAACUACAGUAUACUUUCUGAUGCAGAAGAACCCCAAGGUCCAAUUGUGGUCUACUUACCAGGUAAGAAGUGCUGACUGGUCACUUGAAGCUUUGAUCUACAAGUGGGAUAUGAAAUGUGUCCACAUUCCUCUGGUGUCUUUUGAUGCAGACAAGGAAGAUAUAGCAGAAUCUGCCCUUCCAGGAAGACAUACUAUUGAAAUGCUGGUUAUCUCCUUUGCAAAGGACAGUCUCUGAAUUACACCUACAGGCUGUUUUGGGACAAUGUUGAUACCGAUUAGCAACUUGGCAUGCCCAUUAGGAUCCAGACCACUUCAGCCUGAGA